AAUCAGUCUUUUGAAUCUUUUCUUGCGGAACAAAAUCUGAUCCGAUUUUAGCUUAUAAAUACAUAAAUCGUGUAAAAUGUGUUAAAAUGUGUACCUGGGAAGACAGUUGAAGUAAAAAUCUCAAGAAAGAUGGGUGAUUGGAUGCUAAACGAGGGGCCGAAAUGGGCUUUUUUGUUUAUCUGGUUUGGAACAAAUAUUGGAGUUUUCACUGGUUUCUUUCUAAAGUUCUACAAUGGAGCACAGUAUUACUACCUCAAUCAAAUAUUAGGGCUGGCCCUGCCAUUUGCGCGAGGAUCUGCAGCGUGUCUUAACCUUAACUGUAUGCUGAUCUUGUUCCCAGUGUGUAGGAACCUCCUCUCAUUCAUUAGAGGCUCCUGUAAUUGCUGUAGAAUAAUUUGCCGAAGAAAUGUACGACGUCAAAUGGACAAGAAUAUUACAUUCCACAAAGCGUUGGCGUACAUGAUCAUCUUUCAUACAGCUGUACAUAUCAUUGCACAUUGCUUCAACUUGGAGUUCUUCAUGCAGGCAUGGGAUAGUCCAAACAACCAAACCAGGGGAUUACUUUCCACUUUAAGUACACAAGAGGACCCCUGGCUCAACCCCAUUAGAGACCCAAAUACGAACACUACAGUAGAGCUGCUCAAGUUUGUACCUGGGAUCACUGGUGUUAUUAUUACAUUGUCUCUAAUUGUCAUCUAUACAUCAUCAACUGAAGUAAUAAGACGUUCCUACUUUGAGGUUUUCUGGUUCACACAUCAUUUAUUUGCAGUAUUUUUUAUUGGGCUUGUCAUCCAUGGGGUUCAAGGUGUUGUGAGAAGUCAAACCAACAUAGAUCUACACGACCCUGUGUUAUGUGCAACGCAGUACCUACAAUGGGGACCAACUAACCCAGAGUGUCCAGUUCCUCAGUUUGCUGGAGGGCCAGCCCAGACUUGGCAAUGGGUUAUAGUUCCCAUGGUGUUCUAUAUGAUUGAGAGAGGUAUACGCUUCUACAGAAGUCAGCAGAAGAUUGUCAUCACAAAGGUUGUGAAACAUCCAUCAAAAGUACUUGAAUUACAAAUGAAAAGGAAAGGUUUCAAGAUGGAGGCAGGACAGUACAUAUUCUUACACUGCCCAAGUAUUUCUAGACUAGAGUGGCACCCAUUUACUCUAACAUCUUCACCAGAAGAAGACUACUUUAGUGUGCAUAUUCGUACUGUUGGUGACUGGACGAAUGCGCUGGCCAAGAUGUGCCACGCAGAUGAGAAGGAAUUCCAAGAAGCGUGGAAACUUCCCGCAGUAGCAGCGGAUGGGCCAUUUGGUACAGCUAGUGAGGACGUGUUCCAAUAUCAAGUUGACAUCUGUGUAGCCGCAGGAAUUGGAGUGACACCUUUUGCUUCAGUUCUGAAACAUGUUUGGUACCAGUACAAUAAUCCAAACUUUGAGACAAAACUGCGUAAAGUUCAUUUCUUCUGGAUUUGCCCCGAUACAAAUGCUUUCGAGUGGUUCUCUGACCUGCUCCAUCAGCUAGAGACACAAAUGGCCGAACAAGGAAAACGCGACUUUCUGGAUGCUAAUAUUUAUUUAACCCGAGGAUGGGAUCAAAACCAGGCGAAGAACAUAAUGCUCCAAGAAGAAGAUGUUUACGACGCAGUUACAGGAUUGCACCAGAAAACAAACUAUGGACGACCAAACUGGGAUGCAAUAUUUAAAGGCAUUGCUGAUGCUAACCCAAACACAAGCAUUGGGGUAUUCUUCUGUGGUCCAAAGGUUCUCUCCACCACACUUCAUAAGAUGUCUAACAAAUACACCAAUAUAGAAGAGGGUGGGGCAAAGUUCUUUUAUAAUAAAGAAAACUUUUAAGCCAAGGAGAAUGUGUAUGAUAAGGACACAAUAAAAGCAUAUUAGGCCAAAAAGAAUUGUUUCUGGUCAUCAUUUUUACAAAAAAACAAUCAGGUUUAUUCAAAAUGUUCAUUUUUAAACCCAAGUCAACUCUUCAUUUGGUUCAUGUAGAAUGCAUACUAAAUUAUUAGAAGCUUGUGAAAGAAAGAAUUAGCAUAACUUUUCACUAUAUGGACCCUCAGAAGGGUGUCAUUAUUUAUUGUAAUUUUUGAUAAGAAACAAGACUUUUUCCCGGCCUAUAACCAUGAGCACGUGUAUCAACAUGAAAACGAAUCUGAAAGCCUUAUUUAGGUUGGUUGCCUGAGUUUCAUUGAAAUGGUAUUCUUUUGUUAAUAAUGUUUGUAAUUAAUACUCAUUAUGUGUACAUAGAUGUACUUUAUUAUUAUGUAGUUUAGCAUUGUUGUUUUGUUCUGUCACCACCAAAAAGUGGUGAC